AUACGAGUCACAGCCCUAUUUGACAAAGGAGCAAUGAUCAGUGCAAUGUGCUCCUCAUUCUUUGAAAAAAUCAAGCAUUGUCUUGGGAAUUGGACACCAUCAAGCAAACGACUGCAAAUGGCCAAUGGUGCUAUCAUUCCUUCACACACAACAUGGAGAGGAGAGGUUGAAAUCAAAGGAAUCAAAGCAUAUGGGGAGUUCAAGGUGUUCGACAGUGGUGGCAGAUGGAAGUUUCUAUUUGGGAAACCAAUGCUACACGCAUUCAAAGCCAUUCACAACUAUCAGACAGACAAAGUAGAUAUCAUAGGCAUUGGAGGAACAUGCACAUUACACAACCUCAGCCUAGCAAAGAAAGCUUCUAUCAACAAAGUGGUAGAGGAAGUACACAACCUAGGAGCAUCAUCAGAAGAUCAAGGUGAAGAUAGAAAUAAACACCCACCAGUGCAUCAAGAGAAGAAGAAUCCGAAACCAAAGCCGAACUGUUUAGCUGGCCACAAUGCAGCUAGACAUGUAGGAGGUCAAAGAUGGAGAAUGAGCGAAGAGUCAAAAACAAAACAGCAGGUGAGCACAGAAGACAAGAAUACUGACCCAAUUACACCAACAGAGAACGAAAUACCCAUUUGCAUACUAACAGAAGAUGGAGACAUGCCCAAAGCAUUGAUAGAAGCAAUGUUGAAAGAAAUACCAGUAGGCUUCCUAGAAAAUGACAAUGCCAUUUUCACAAGGCUUACGGACCCAUUCAACGCAAAUCGAGUAGCCUUUAUCAUCAAGAAAGUUUGA